AUGAGCGAUCUCGAGUCAAGCCAGCGAUCAACCAUCAGCUCCAAUGUUCGCCUUAGUGGACCUAGGACCAUGUCGUCUCGUACGAAUAGAGGAUUGCACGAUCUUAUCAACAAGUCCUUUCAAAUCCAUACAUCGACUCCCCUUCGUGGCUUUCUUUCCGGAAGGCGCAACCUUUAUCGCUAUGAAGAAUCACUCACCACUACACUUUGCGAUGGUUUGCUGUUGAAACCAGCGUCUUCGAGCGUUGCGUCGACAGCAGGCGAUCAGAAUAUCAAGGGUGUAUUGGAUUCGGUGCACAUGGAAACGUUUACUAUUCCUGGUUGGCCUUCAUCAAAGCCAGGCGUAAUUCUUAUUGUCAAGACCCGGAUGCACAAGGCAGAUAGACCGAUCGAGCACCAAUUUUACAUGAUACCAAGCAUUGGGCAGGAAGAUGAUUUAUCAGGUGUUCUCGCUUAUUAUCCAAUCUUAUUAUCCAAAUCAAAAUACAACGUUGGCAGCCAUGUCACCAGCUGGUUUAUGAAGCAUUUCGAUUGUCGUAUGGAGCCUAUGCAGAUAUCAUCAAGGAACCUGGAGCAAAUAGUGGAAUUGUGGUUCGAAGGACUCGGUGAUCUUCCGCCAACAGAAUUGGAGCGUGUCAAAGUGGGAACACAUACUGUCAAACAACAGCUGGAACUGGUGUAUAGCGUACCUCAAAUCGAUACCUUUUCCGACAUUUGCAUCACUGUACAAAAUGAAGAUUUGCUCGGCAUUUAUAGCAUGAUCCGAGACAAUGACAAAAAGAUCAUGGACUCCCUACACGAACAUGUGUUCCACAUUACUCGGGUCAAAGUGACAUCGCUUCCACUGACACGGAUCGGUACCCCAUUGGUGUUGAUGUCACAUGAAGGAAAGAUAAAGCUUAUUAAUAACUCACGGGCGAAGGAUCUCAGGAUGGUAUUAGAGUGUUUAUGUGAUUGGGCAUCAAUGUCAUUAUUGUAA